AUGCCUCCUGUCCCCAUUUAUGUCAAAGGGGGAGUAUGGUCUAAUAUUGAAGACCAAAUUCUAAAAGCUGCCAUACAAAAAUAUGGAACCCAUCAGUGGAGUAAAGUUGCAUCUCUGCUCCAAAAGAAAACUGCUAAGCAAUGUGAAUCUAGAUGGAAUGAGUUCCUGAAUCCAAAUUUGAACUUCUCUGAAUUUAGCAAGGAGGAUGAUUCAAGGCUACUCGAACUGGUGAAAAAGCUGCCAAACCAAUGGAGGACGAUAUCUGAGGCCAUGGGCCGGACGGCGCAGGCCUGUAUUAACCGAUACAAUACUCUUUUGGAAGGGGAGGAUUCAGAGUUGAAACUUGGCAGUUCUCUUGAUUUCGAAGUGGGCAAUAUAGACUUGGCUGCCGAAAGCAGACCUGCAAGACCAGAUCCCGCCGACCUUGAUUCUAUGGACAAAGAAAUGCUAGCAGAAGCACGCGCCAGGUUGUUGAACACUCAGGGCAAAAAGGCCACAAGGAAAAUACGGGAACGUAUGCUAGAGGAAAGCAAAAGGGUUGCACAUUUACAGAAAAGACGUGAAUUGAAACAAGCUGGUAUCGACUCUAAGAUAAAGGCCCCGAGAAAAAAGUAUGGAACCGAGAUUGACUACAACGCGGAUGUAGUUUAUGAGAGAGAACCGCUUAGUGGGCCGUAUGACACAAGUGAGGAGGACAAACGGGCUGCCCGCGCAAUCACCAACUUUGAGCGCUCUGUGGAUCGCAGCGGUUUGAAAGAUGACGCGAGGCCUGGUAAGAGUGCUCGCCCUAAUAAGAAGCGAGGACGAGAUGAAAAAACGCAAAUUAGUGGGGACGAUUCCAUUGUAACAAACGAGUACAAAAAGCCCAAGCUCGAACUUCCGAUUCCGGCCUUGGCUUCUCAGGGCAAAGCAGUUGGAGCAGGCACGGAACAUAGAACAAAGCCUUCGAAGAAGGCCAUUUUGAGGUUAUUCCAGCAGCUUCCAGAACCCAAAAACGAUUUUGAAAUAGUCCUCGAUGAUGAAAGUGAAGAUGAGGAAACAGAGCAAACCAAUAGUCCUGACAUAGAGUCCGAAAACUUAAGCAGGGAAGUAUAUGAAGAGAUGUCCGCAAGUCUGGAGUCACGGCUUCCAGAACAACAAGUGAGUACGGAUUCGCCGAAUUAUAAGAAGUUCCAAUCGAGCCGCGCAGCUCUUCCGCUCCCUGAUCCUAUCAUUAGUGCGAAUACUCCAAUUGACAUCGAAUUCAACGCACUAUUAGCUUCUACGCUUAUCGGACAUGAACCUAUCGAAGGGUAUGAACCUAUCGAAGGGCAAGAAACGUUGAUCCGCACAAAAAACGCAUUAUUCGAAGCUUUGGAAGAGCCACAGGAACAGGAGAGAGCAGAAUACGAGCAAAGAGUACGAAGGAUUUUGAGUAAGUCGCCGUACGAUAACCCCGACGCAACGCAAACCUCAAUAGAAGACGCCCUGUCGAGGCUUAAAACCCUGCAAACAUCUAUGGCCGAGGCAAACCUUCUUAAAGAUCAAAACACUUCCACCGCCAACAAAAUAUUUACGAAGCUGUUACCAAAACUUUCUCACUUGCGACAGAAAUACUACCUGCAUUACAAGAUGUACCAAAACGAAUAUUACGCAAUACAAGCAAGAAAGAAAAAGCUGGAAUUGUUUCUUGAAGGGGCAAAGCGUAGCUGA